GCUACCAGGACAGUUUUGACAAAUCUUGCUGAAGUUAGUAGAGGACAAGAAAAUAUUUCAUGCUCAAGUGACCAGCAGUAAAAGUUUACAGCUCUAAAGGAUAGGUGAGUUUUUAUUUUCCCUCCCCCUAUUCAUUGACCCAUCUCCUGUAGCUAGUUUCUGUAAACAUAUGCUGUUGGUGGUCAUGAUCAUUUUUCAAACAGCAGAUUAUUAUGAUAUUUUUUCUGUUUUACUAUCGUAUUUCACACUAAGUGCAUUAUAUGGAAUCUGUUAUAAAUCUGAAUCAUGUGAAGUUUUAUCUUUGGUGUGAAUUCAUUCAAAAGAGUACACCUCUGUCUUUGAGCAGGUCAAGAGUAGCCACACCCUGAGUGACAUGAUGUCAUAUAAGCUCCCUCAGGGCAAAACAAUUAAUACUGCCAUGCUGACGGCUCACAGGAGAUAACGCUGUUUACUGAUUUGCAUAUUUGUUGAGUAUGUGAUUGUUCAGUAUUUGUUUUUACCAAGUCUACUUGGUUACGCAAUACUGCUCACACUGACAUCUGCUAUGUUGUAGUACAGUUAAACUGUUCCUGUUUGACAGGAACAGUUAAAUUCUUAGGUUUUUCUUAAUUAUAGACAUAGAUGAUGAUGGUGAUGAUGAUACUGAUAAAGUAAUGUGACAUACAGUGAUGUGUUGAUGACUACCUGACAUAUAGUUGGGACCCGUAUGUGUGUAUCUAGUCUGAUAGGAGUUAAACAGGUGUCCUAUGAACACACCGCACAGUGAUCUGAAACCACAAUGGGAGCCUUCAUUACCCGUGCUUCAAUGGGGAGGAAAUGCAUCCAUUCAUUGUUCUGGUGAGAACUCACAGUAUCUGGUUGCUACGACCAGAAAUCAUUGUGGCACCGUGCGUGUCGAUGAAUUUCCCGUCUAACUAGAUGUGACAUCAUAUGAGUGUCAAUUUAUGGGUUAUUUCCUCAUAAAUGGAAACAAAGACUUAGGCACGGCUUAUUCCAUUUCUCAACACAUAUGAGUGUUUAAAUGUCCUGAAAUAGAAUUGUGACAUGAAACUUUCAGAAUAUCAGUACAAUGCAUGUGCAUAUAGAAAUUGUAUGUUUUAGAUUUUUAUUCAUUCAUUUCACGUUUCACAGACUUACUGAAUCCAGUUCAGUACAUUAUAAAUCAUUUGAUUUAGAAAUUCAUUUAUUAAAUACUGCUUGAACAGAACACUGUAUUGCCAAGUGUGAUUUACAGCACCCAGGGCAUUUACAUAAAUACUUCCCUGUCAGCACUGUGAAUAUCUCUGAGAGGGUUCACAUUCAUUUUACUUUGAGGAUUCCUGUUUUAAAAAGAACAAAAUCAAAAGUAGCUGGUGGCCAUCACUCUGUCCACAAAGCUUUGAGGGAAAGUGAUGAGAUGCACUUUCUCUGCCCCGAGGGGAAAUGAUGAUCUAAAGGGAGAAGCAUAGCACAGCAGCAGAGAGGUGUGGCCACAUAGCUCUCAUGACAGGUAGACACAGGGAGGAGCUACAUUACCUGUGCAGAGCAGGCAGUCAGUGCAUAGUGAACAGUACACCUGUUGCACUUCCCAGGCUCUUUCUUUCUCUGUUUCUCUCCCUUUUCCUGCCCCUCUCUCUUUUCCCCCUCUUUUCUCCGUCUCUGGUCUGAAAGCACAAGGUGGCCGACGGCCUCACCAUGGAUCCCAAGGAGGCCAGCGGGAGUGAGAAGGAGAAGGAAAAAGAGAAGGAGAAAGUAAUAAAGAGGAGGAACCGGCCUGUGUUCUUGCGUUACCUGGAGAGGAGAAAGACGGACACUAUUGUGGCUGAUGACACGGCCAAAGGUGACAUCAACCUGGGGACCCUGGUGAGGAGGAGUCAGUCUGACAAGACGGAGUACAGCGCCAAACUAAAAGAGAAAAUGACACCACAUGACCUGUCCACACCCCCGUCUCCAGCCGUGGACCCAGAGGAGGUCCGCUUGAGGAAGAUGAACCGCAGGGCAAAGGUGAUCCAGGAGCUGGUGCAGACUGAAAAGGACUACCUCACCGACCUGGAGCUGUGCAUCAGAGAGGUGGUCCAGCCUUUACGAAACAUGCAGGUUGUGGAUAUCGAUCGGCUGUUCACCAACAUGGAGACAGUGUGUGAGGUGUCUGCGGCACUCCUUCACAGACUGCAUGAGGCCAUGGCUGACCCAGAUCUAGAAGCGGUCGUCAUAGGAGACGUAUUCAUCCAGGCGAAAGCAGCUUUAGAAGAUGUAUAUAAGAUUUACUGUUACCACCAUGAUGAUGCCAACAUGUCACUCAAAUCCUAUGAGAAAGAGGAAGAGAUAAAGCAACAUUUCACUACAUGUGUAUUAGCACUGAAGAAAAUCUACGACCAAGAAGGAAAACCUAACUUGCUGGACAUGGGUUCACUGCUCAUCAAACCUGUCCAGAGGAUCAUGAAGUACCCGUUGCUGCUUAGGGAGCUGUGGCAGGCCACGCCUGAAGACCAUCCUGACUAUCGGCCACUGCAGGAGGCGUUCACUACUGCCAAGAUCAUAAAUGUGAACAUCAAUGAGUUCAAGAGGCGCAAAGAUAUAGUUAUGAAGUAUAAGAGGUUGGAAGAUGAAGGCACACUGAGGGGAAAACUAAACAAGUUAAACAUACAUUCCAUCCGUAAGAAAGGCGACAGGUUUGCUGGUUACCUCAAGAUCCUCACUGGAGUUGAACCACAGGUGAGAGAUGAAGUAUUUGAUCGAGAGGAGAAACUGUUCAGGAGUCUGGAGAAGGCUGUGAGGCAGCUGGUCAAGAAUGUUCACUGUUACCUGCAGCACACUCAGGAGAUGGUGUCUGUAGCUGUCCAGAGUGUGCAGGACAUGGAGAAUAUUGUCAAGGAUCCAAACAAAAAUGGGAUAAACGGCUCAUUGCACAAUAAUGGCAAUGACCCCUAUAAGCACUUUAAAGACAGUAUGGAGCGCCUGGUCCUCGCUCCCCUCUCCUCCCUGCAGGGCAUGUUCACAGCCCCGCAGAAGCUCAUCCAGAAGCGUUAUGACAAAUUGCUGGAUUACUGCAGUCGCCUGGAGCGCUCUUCCUCCUUUUCAUCCUCAUCCUCCUCAGCCACCACCUCUUCUUCCGCUCCCUCACUGGUGUCAGAGGACCCGCCUGGUCCUGCCAGGAGAGACUAUGAGGCUAUCAAUGCCUUGCUAGUGGAGGAGUUGCAGAGGUUCAACAUGGCCGCCUAUACUAUCCUGACCAACUGUGUGGUGUAUCUUGUUGCCCUACUCAGAGAGCUGAUGGAUAGAAUACUACUCCGUGCUCCAUCCAUGCAGCAGCUACCAGUUCCAUUGUCAAACAUUGCUGAGGUGCAAAACAGCAUCAUGGAUGAGCUCAAUAAUCUGGCUUUUGUUAAAGAUAAUGCACAGAAGCUGAUGGAGCGCAAAGUCAGCUUUGAGAGACGAGACAAGAAAACAACGAUGCUGGAGGUGCAGCAUCAAACUGAGGAGCAGCGUGCCUGGCUGUUGGCAGAAUACCCACUGAGCCGUCUGUACCAGCUGAAGAGGAAGUGUAAUGGCUGCCAGGAGCAGGACCUCAGCCUGCUGGAGGGAGAGCUGGUGGCCCUGCUGGAGGAUACAGACCCAUUAGGCAGCAGCAGCCGCUGGCUGGUUCACGCUGGAGGGACACAAGGCUACGUCUAUUCCACAUUCCUGAAGCAGUACAACCCUCUGAGGGACUCCCAGCGGGCAGGCCAGAUGGCCAAAGAGCAGCAACGGCAGCAGCCACCUGCCAUGGUGGACGACGACUUCGACGACAUCAGCCUGUUCGUGUCAGGCAGUGGCAGCAGCAGUCUGCGCAGCUUCAACCUCAACACCACCGACAGCAGCUCGACCCUCUCCGGUCUACAGGGGGAGCCGGAGAGCCCGGAAGACCUGGAGGACACAGUGGACACAGAGGCUCAGCAGUUUUAUGCAGUCUAUGCAUUUCAAGCACGCUGUGACCAGGAGCUGACCUUGCAGGAACAACAGCAUGUCCGCAUCCUCCAGUUCUGUGACCUGGGAGGCAACAAGGAGUGGUGGUUAGCUGAGGCUAACGGACAAAAGGGAUAUGUCCCUGCCAACUACCUAGGCAGGAUGUCCUAUGCCUAAAUAGAGGCUCUCUAUUCAGGCAUAGGAUUUUCACAAAACCAAUCAAAUCCAGAAAAUCAAACCCAGAACCAACCUGUGGCAUUUUAAACAAAACUGCUUGCUCUUUAAUACAUUAUAUAAAUAGUGCUGACUGUAAAACAUGUUGCAUUCCUGCUUGUGAAUGUCAAAGGAGCAAAUGAUGGAGACAAUCCCAGCUCACACAACCUGGACAGGUCGCCAGUCUAUCACCGGGCCGACAUAAAGAGACAAACAUCCAUCCUAUGUGGCAAAUUAGUGUCACCAAUUAACCAACUAACCUGCAUCUUUGGACGGUGGGACACACACAGACACAGGGACACCAUACAGGGGGGCCCCAGCCAGCCAGCAAGUUCAAACUGACAGAGCCUUCUUGCUGUGAGGCGUCAGCGUUAACCACUGUACCACCAUGCUGCCCUCAAAAUGUAUCACUAGAUGUUAUUAUCAGAUGUCUCAUACCAAAAGUGUUGAUGUUGAAUCUUAUUUGCCUUUAGAGGAUCAUAAGAGGAGAGUGCACCAAUGGGACUUGACCAGUAAUCUGAUGAAUGUGGAUAAUGAUGGUGGGAAAACACAGGGCACUGUGCCAAGCACUUUUGUACUUCAGUGUUGUUGAGUUUAUAUUGAUAAUGAAGUAAAUUUUUAUAUGUGAACUGAUUUACAGAUGAAGCAAAUAUUAUAUGUGAAAUAAUCUAUAGAUGAAGCAAAAGUUAUAUGUGAAAUGAUUUAUACAUGAAGUAUACAUUAUGUUUUAUGUGAAUGUAAAAUGAAGAAAUCUAUAAUGUCAUUUAUAUUUUAACAAAUAUGUGCUAUAUAUACAGAUCCUUUAAUGAUAACUAUUGUGAUCCAUUCUCUUUGUGUGAAGCGGAACAUAAUGACUCACAUUUAGGGACCCCACAUGCUACAAAGUCAGUGAUAUGGUCAGUUUAUAAGAAGAGGAUAUUUAAUGACGUUUGUUGAUCAAAAGUGACAGUCACUUUUUUCCAAUGUUUAGAUUUGUUAGGACAGAACGAGGCACACAAGAGUCCAGCAGCAUUUACACAAAGUAAGAUUCAAGUAUUUGACUGGAUGGUGUUAAUCCAUGUACAGAUGCUCUUGUAAUACAAACAUAAUGCUCUGGCACUAAUUUCA